UCAACAUGGCAAAGCAAAGCCCCCGAGGAAUUCAAAAACCUCGGCAUUUCCCCAUUCCAGUGAUCCUCACCACCACGAAAACCCGUUGAAUAGCCUCCGAUUCCCGCAUUUACCUCCUGCUCCGUAGGUACACGAGCCCAAUUCCUGUGUGCGUGAACGAGCCUCGAGUGCCCUCACCCAAACACAACCGAGAGAGCGAGAGAGACAAUAAACCACUGAAAAACCGUCAAAUCCAAGCCAUCAAGUGCGUGCCCCCGUGCCUGUAUUUAUCGCGUGGCCGUCGGCAGUAUAAAGUUCCCCAAAAAAUAAAAAAUAAAUAAAUGUGCAACGACGAAUAACAACCCCCCCCCGUGUCCACCGUCGAUAAUUCCAGUGGGAGCCCCACAAGUGCCUCUAUCCCCCCCCCAUGAUGGAUUUCAAGUGAUGUUUUUCGUCGAGAGAAACCCCCCGAAUAAUCCACAACAACAUAUCAUGUUAUUCUAGUUUAAAUUAACGUGCGAAAGUACUCGAUAGUCGUGCUAACGAUACAUGGGCGUCCCGAUGUUGUAACGAAAUAAGCCAAAAUGGAAGAGCACAGCGUUCACAGCAGUAUCAGCGAUAUAAAUAGUGAGGAGCCAGCCAAGACUGAGCCGAGUGCUGUUGUGCCGAGGAAGAAGCGAAUUUGCCUGGUGGGCGCUGCCAGCAGCGAUCCAGCACUUGGCACUGCUGCUCAGCAGUUUGGGGUGCCUGUUCUCAAGUCCCUCACUGGGGCUGAGUAUGUCGAGGACACCGCUUACUGCACUUAUUUCAUUCUGAGGGAGUUCGAGGGGCCCGAGUAUGAGACACUGCACAAGAGUGCUCACAGAAUUUUGGGGCCCACUGCUCUCCUGCAGCUCGCGGACAAGAAGGAGUCGUUGCCGAGCAUCAAUCGGCCAAUGUACACGAGGGCCAUGCUCGGGACUGUCAUCGUGUUCACGGGGUUCAGGAAGAAGGACGAAUUGACAAGGCUCAUAAACAUGAUCCACUGCAUGGGCGGCAGUAUCCGCAAGGAGGUGGGGGCAAAGGUGACCCACCUCAUCGCCAACUGCUGCGGAGGUGAGAAGUACAGAUACGCCGUGACCUUCAGAGUGCCCAUAAUGUCAAUGAAUUGGGUCCUGGCCCUCUGGGAGGCCAAGAACGAUGUCUCCAGCUACGGUAGCAACGACGACCUGAUCGUUCAGCACAAACUCAAGCCGUUCUACGGCGCUCGCGUGUGCUUCUUCGGUUUCCCAGAUGACGAGAAGAAGCACAUGGUCGAGGUACUGCAGCAACAGGGUGGAGAGCCCACGGAAAUCGACGACCCAGACUGCACGCAUGUGGUAACGGAUUUAGGUAAUAACAGCUACAAGAUCGCGGACACAUCGACCCUAAACUCUCGAAUAUGCUUUGACCACCCUUGCUACCUGUUCGCUCCCCUGUACGAGGAGAAGCCCCAGUCGUUCUCAGGGUUCAAGGUCCCCCCGGACCCCCAGAAGCUGCUCCCCCUGCAGGAGACAGCCCUGGGGGAGGAGGACAAGGAGAUCUCCACCUCCCAGGACAGUUUGAUCUCGUCCUCGACGUCAGAAUCGGUCUCCAUCAACGAAUCCCUGAAGAAUCAGAGUCAGGACUCCGCCAUUUGCAUGGAUUACACCGGCAAAGAGUCCUCCUCCAACGAGAAUCUGAAUUGCAACGACUCCGUCACCUCGACGUCGACUCAGAUAUCCCCGGAGGGGCUGAGACUCUUCAAAGAGGCUUCGGGCUGUCACGAGGGUGCUGUCAACUACUCCAAGAGGAACGCCCCCACCAGGAGGCCCUUCAGAUGGCGAAGGUCGAGGUCCUGCUUCAUCCUCCCGCCUUUGGACACGUCGAAUCAAUCUCGAUUCGUCAAAAUUUACUCGCAACCCAAUUUAUCGAAGAGAAGUGAGGACGAGGAUCUGUCCGUCGACUCGUCGACCCUAAACCCCAGGAAAUUCAGUCGCAAGAGGAAGCCCUGGGGCCACUACCAGCAGAGGGGGCGCAGGGGAUCACCUUCCUUGCUCUCAAUUCUGGAUAAUGUCAAUUUUCCUUUCGUCUCCAAACGCUCGAGCCAACUCGACGGGAGGGCCGAUCCCUCCAAGGAGUUUCAGCCCAAGUUCUCGCAGAAUUUCUCCUCCGGGGCUCUCCCAAAUUUCUCGAAGGGGGGCCACGAGAGGGAGGUGAAAAUGGAAAAGUUGAGACAGAGUUUGAGGACUUGUGACAAGAAAUUCCCUACGGUUGUCGAUGAGUCCAAUGUCAAUGCACUGCCGGAUCUUGCGUCUGUUCGUGCACAUAUUGUUAAGGCUGAGUGGUUCUGGACGUCUGUGCAGAAUGAGGGCGCUGCGGAUGAGAAGGAGUAUCGUUUUGAAGAUUAUCUAGAAUCAGUGAUGUCCCCAAGUGCCUCAUCCAGAAGGGAGAGCCAAUCAGCGGCAACACCGACGACAGCAUCGACAAGAAGAAAACGUAAACGCCUGGCAGAGACCCUCUCAAGCCUAGUUCAGAAUGGGGCGGACUCCCCAGCAGUUCACAAAAGACGUUCCAGCAUCAGUGAUGCCGGCCACCUGAGCGUCAGCGGGAGUUUUUUGGACUGUACUGCCAGUCCUGACAAGCAAAUGCUCGAUGAUAUUCCAGAGGUCGAGGCUGUCACGACGGACUCUGCACGCAAGAAUCUCUCCCCGAGGCAUCAGGUCGUUUUGGAACUUGUGCAAACAGAAUCUAAUUAUGUUGGCAUUCUCAGUACAAUUAUGACGUUAUUCAAAUCUCCCCUGGAGGACUACAUAGAGACCAGCAACGAACUCCUAAACAGUACAGAAGCAAAAAUAAUCUUCGGCAACUUUCCCCCGAUCUACGAGGUCCACAAAAAAAUGCUGGAGGAGCUCCGUUACUGCGCAGCCCACUGGACCGAGGACACAAGCAUAGGGAACAUAUUUUUAAAGUACGCCCCAGACCUGGUGGACACCUAUCCCCCCUACGUGAAUUUCUUCGAGAAUACAAAGGAGAUGUUGGAGCAGUGUGACCAGAACAAACCGCGUUUUCACGCCUUCCUCAAGAUCUGCCAGACAAAGCCCGAGUGCGGCAGGCAGAGUCUCAAGGAAUUGAUGAUAAAGCCUGUACAACGAUUGCCCAGUAUUAGCCUAUUAUUAACCGAUAUUCUUAAGCAUACGAGUAAGAAUAAUCCAGACCACAGUGCCUUGGAAUUGGCAAUCAGCAGUAUUAAGGAAGUUAUGACGCAUAUUAAUGAGGACAAGAGAAAAACUGAGGGACAACUUGUCAUGUUUGAUAUAUUCAAUGAAAUUGACAAUUGUCCACCGCAUCUAGUCUCGUCGCACAGAUCAUUCAUCGGUAAAUGUGAUGUUAUGGAGCUUGGUGAGGGGUUGAGUGGGAGGGGUGACCAUUUGGUCCUUUUUUUGUUCACUGACACACUGGAAAUUUGUAAGAAACGCUCCAAGGCGUUCAACUCACUCAAGAGCCCCAACAUGGCUAAUGGUCUGCACACAGCUAAACUCAGCCAGGGAAAGCCCUACAAGCACAUUAAAAUGCUCUCCCUCAGCACUAUUAAGAAGGUCGUGGAUAUUCGUGAAACAGAGGAAUGCCAGAAAGUAUUUGCUCUCAUGGUCAGGAGCAAUCAGGAGUUGAAGGAGAAACUAUUUUCAUUCACAAUUACCGAUGAGGAAGUCAGUAAGAAUAAUUAUCUCAAGACGUUGUGCAGACAAAUGGCCAAUACUGUCUGCAAAGCUGAUGCAGACACUUUCCUCAUUAGCUUGGACUCUCACCAACUGGAGAUUGAUACUAGUGACGUUGCUCUAGGAACACUGAGCAAAGCAUUUAAAUUUGCUACGCGCACCAAGAUGAAGGUUGGCAGAGCAUUCAGUUUCAAUAAGACACCGAGCAAAUUGAAAAGGGCCAUGUCGACGAUGAUGUCACCCUUUGGAUCUACCCACAGCCUGACACCAGCGAGUCAGCAGCUUGCGCAGAUGCGAUUGGCCAGUUGUAACAAUAUUAAUGAACUGGGCAAUGGUGGGUCAGAUUCGUCGUCUAGAGACGAAGUACUCGUUGCUCCAAUGUCAGUUCAACCCACGAGAAAAGCAAAAUGCAGCUCCCUGAGUAUCGCCUCGUUAAGAAGAAACUGUUCCGAGGAGGUCAUUGAGGACAAAUCAAACCUUUGAGAUUUUUUGAAUUACGUAUCAGCGCUUUUAAUCGUUCGAAGUGACACGAUAAAAAUUGUGUCGAACUAGUAAACAUGUGAUUAUCAUUACGUUAACGUUAAACUGAGGAAUGAGAGUGUCUUAUAGAAUUCCAGUAUGAACACAUUGUACAUAGUUUAAUAGAUCGAUCUCAUUUUUCACUUUACUACGAAUGUUCAUAAUUUUUUCUCCGCAUUUUCCGAGUGUUUUGAAAAAAAAUGUGACAUUGAAUUGAUCAAUUAUGAAAUAAACUCAGCUGAUAAUUUUCCCUUUAAUUGAUGCAAUCGUCAGUGUUAGGAGCCAGUGAAAAUAGGGGAUCGUAUGAAUAUAAUUCCUCAGUUCCUCGAAUAGCAUUUUGUUGGUUACAAUUAGAAUUUAAAAAACAGGAUCAUGAAUGAUGAAUGGCAUGGGGAUGCGUCCGCGAUGUUUUUUAUUUAUUUUUUUCUCUCUUCAUGAUUAGAUUGAGUAAAUCUUGCGACACUGGAUGGGGUGGAUUAUGUAGAUUGGGAAAUGUGAGACUACUGAGAUUGCCAUGAGGCUUAAUAUUAUUAUUAAUUGUUUAUUGAUGAUUAAGUGCCCUUGCUGACCGCAAUUUACGUGGUUACGAUGAGACACAGCUGUGCUGUGGUGUGACAACCCUAAAUUGCGACCAUUUAUUAUCAUUCUUAAUUAUUAUUAUGUUAUUUAGUAUAUUUUCCUCAACGAGUGGAGAUGUAAAUCCUGGAUAAACUUGAAAUCCACGUGAAUUAGGCGGGUUUACGAUCGAUUCAAGCAACAUUUUGAUCGAUAUAUUGUAAAUAUCAGUGAAUACUCUUAACCGAAUAGCUCGUAAAACGAUAAUUAUAUAUUUUUUAUGAUAAAUUACAAGAGUAGGAGAAUCAUUCGGUUAAUCUCAUUAAGAAUUAUCUAUAAACGAUUUAUAUUGAAACACUGUAAUAGAUUGUAAAAAAUAAUCAGAUGAAAUUUUAAUAUCAGAAUGGCUUUAUUAUUCAUCCUUAAUCCAAUCUCUGUUCACCACUGAA